AUGUCAAUAGUAGAAGAUAAAAGGCCACUAUCUGAAGAGGAAGGAGAUGUUAGUAAUAAGAGACAGAAAUACGAUCAGCCACAAGAAUCUGAUCUUAGAUCGACAUCAUCAAAUCAUGUAUCCUUACCUUUGUCACAAGUUAUCGAUAAUCCAACUACUAAGCCUUUAGAUGGUCCUGAGAAGCUUGAGAAUUUUCAUCAAUCAAAUCAACUUCCAACUCCCGCUCCCUCUGAACCUCCACAACCUCCUUUGGAAUCAGAUCAGUUAAAUCAAUCUACUCAGCCUACUCCAAUUCCUCAAGAUCCUCCAACACCUCAACCUGCCGCAAUGGCUACACCAACUGACAUUCCUGCUGACACGCCGCAACACUUUCAACCCUCACAAGUACCUCAGACUGUUAAAGCAGACUCUCCAGCACUCCCAGCUCCUGUUACUCAAUCUGAGACAUCGGCAGCACCAGUAGAGCCAUCAACAGAGGCACCAUCAGCUGAGUCAUUAGAUGUUAAGCCCGCUAUUGCUGCCGAAGGCCAACCACAGCCUCUUAAUCAACCACUGGCACCACCCCAACCCGAAGUGCAGCAGUCUUCCGAACCACAGCCAAAUCUUACCCACUCAUCCUUGCCACCUUCUACUGAUGCUGUAGCCCAACCACCACUUGAGCAAACUCACCAACCUGUCGCUGCAAGUUCGACUGAACCCCAACCACAGGCAAUGGAAGUCACAGCACAAUCGCAGGCACAACCUGCUGAUGCUCAAGGUGAGGAAGUAGCACCGUAUCAACAAGCUGGUAAAUCAAACCCACAAGAGCACCAUGCAGUCAAAGCAGAACCAGAACAAACUGAUGAAGGAGUGAAUGGGCAAUCUGUUAAAGUAGAAACACCUCAGCAACCAUACGAAGCAUAUCAAGUAGAGCACCAACCGCAACCGUUUGAUGCACCAGGGGUGGUGGCUCACGAUGCUCAUGAUUAUCCAGAUGGUGAAGAUACGUCUUCUGCUCCACCGAUCGUGCCACCAACACCCGCAGGUACAGAACCUAUCAUUCUUCCAAAUGGUAGCAAACUCCCUCCACGUUCUGCAGCCAUUGGUAUACCUGGAGGGCCAUCAUUCUCGUUUAACCAGCUCAAAUAUGUCUCAACAUUGAUGAAGCAGUUGAAAAAGAUGAAAGCUGCAGUCCCAUUUCUCACACCUGUUGAUUACAUGUCUUUAGGUGUGCCACAUUACCCAGAAGUCAUCUCUGAACCAUCAGAUCUUGGUAGCGUUGACAGAAGGGUACAAAAGACCAUCAAAGCUGAGGAAGGAGGCUAUCACAACUUUAAUGAUUGGGAGGCAGAUGUUCGCAGAAUUUUCAGAAACACUGAAUGGUUCAAUGGCGUUGAGCACCCUGUGUCUAAAAUGGGAAAGCAAGUUGAAGAAUCAUUUGACAAGCAGUUGAAGAAAAUGCCACCAAGCACUAAUGAUGCUGUACCAUCCACCAGUAGGGGAAGAGGAGCACCACGACGUUCUCAAGAAACAGGUAGACCACGUAGAGAUACUCAACAGCCAGUAACAGCACAGCAAGCAAAUGAUGCAAAUCGUGGAAGACGGCGCAAAACAACUGCUUAUGGUCGUAAUGGAACAGCAGAUCAGAUGCGUCAUUGUGCAUUUAUUUUAAAAGAGCUUCACAAGAAGGUGCAUUCUUCAUACGCAGCACCAUUUUACGAUCCUGUCGAUUAUCUUGCACUCGGAUUACCAGAUUAUCCUCAGGUAAUCCAACAGCCAAUGGACUUGUCGACGAUUGGUCAGAAAUUCAACUACGGUGAUUAUGAAGGACCGAAUGAUUUCUUUAGUGAUAUGAAGCUGAUGCUUGGGAACUGUUACAAGUAUAACCCACCUGGAACACCUGUUCAUGAAGCAGGUAAACAAACAGAGAAGGUAUUUGACGACAAGUGGACGCAAUUACCACCAUUAUCAACACCUCUUGAAAUAUCAGAUGACGAAAAUUCAGAUACAGUUAAAGCUCUUCAACGCCAGAUUGAAGAUAUGCAAAAAUCAUUGAAUGAUUUCAAGAAAGGUGGAGGUGUUACAGGUAGAGCAGCAGCAGGAUCUACUACAGCUAAUGGGGGUGGAGGUAGAGGAGGUAAGAGGGGAUCCACAGGUGGACAAGUUGGUAGACCUCGUAGGAAAUCAUACGAUGAAGAUGAUGAGAAUUACCAAGUACCUGAGAUAACAUUCGACAUGAAGAAAGAAUUGGCAGGUAAAAUUCAACAGCUGGAAGGAGAUCAAUUAGACAAAGCUAUCAAGAUUAUUUAUGAGACGUUAGAUCUUGAUAAUAAUAGUGACGAGAUUGAAUUGGAUAUUGACGUAUUGCCAACGAAGACGUUACAAAAGCUUUACAUGUUCGUCGUGAAGCCUCAGAAGCAGAAGAGAGGUCCAUACAAUAAGCAGCACGUAGACGUGGAUUUACAACCAAGACCACCAAAGCGUGCAGGUACAGGUGGAGUGAAGAGAAAGUCAAUGAAUGAAGAUGAAGAAGCUUUAAAGAUACAAGCAUUAGAAGCAAAGCUCAAGUCAUUCGAGGGCGGAUCAACAGAAGGAGCAGAUAUCAGUGGGGUUGGAGCGAUGGUUGAGAAUGAUGAAGCAUCUUCUGGAUCUGAUAGUGAUUCAGUCUCAGAUUCAGGUAGUGAGUCAGAUUAA